AUGGCUUCGUUAGUUUCUGAUACACAAUCAGCUUUGUUAGCAAAUCGUUUCAUUCUUGAUGGGCCUCUUGUGGUUAAUGAACUGGUCUCGUGGGCUAAGAGAUCCAAAUCUAAGUCUUUUCUUUUCAAGAUAGACUUUGAGAAAGCCUUCGAUUCUUUAAAUUGGGGUUUUAUUGAUGUUGUCUUUAUGCAAAUGGGUUUCCCAGUAAGAUGGCGAAAUUGGAUGAAAGACAUUCUAAAUUUAUCACGGGCUUCUGUGUUGGUUAAUGGAUCUCUUACCCAAGAAUUUCAAUUUUCUCGGGGUGUUAGGCAAGGGGAUCCAUUAUCUCCUUAUAUUUUCAUCUUGGCCAUGGAGGUUCUAGGGGAUCUAUUCUCUAAGGUCGUGGAUACUGGUAACUUAUGUGGCAUUGCCACCCCUAACGCAGGUGCGGUUGUUUCUCACUUAAUAUACACCGAUGAUGUGUUGGUACUUGGUGAGUGGUCAACAAACAAUUUUAUGAAUGUCAUUCGUAUACUUAGAUGUUUUUAUUUGAUAUCCGGUCUUACAAUGAAUCCAUCAAAAUCUAAGUUAUUCGGGCUGGGGGGCUCGACGUUUGAAACUUUAAGGGCAGUAGCUAGUAUAAAUAAGGUCUCUAUGGGUGAACUUCUCUUUACUUAUCUAGGAGUUCCAAUUAGGGCAAAUAUGAAUAAAGUGAAGAGUUGGGAUGAUGUAAUUCAUACAGUGGAAAACAGGUUGUCCAAAUGGAAAGAAUUGUCAUUGUCGAUCGGAGGAAGGGUAAUUCUCAUCAAGUCUGUGUUGAAUAGUCUUCCUAUGUACUUCUUAUCUUUGUUUAAGGCCCCGAAACAAGUUAUUGCCAAAUUGGAUGCCAUUAGAAAACGAUUUCUUUGGGGGAGUAUGGAUGAGAAACGCAAAAUUCAUUGGGUGUCAUGGGAUAGAGUCAUUGCCCCUAAGUUCUCUGACGGUCUUCGGUUAGAUUCCAUUCAGGAUAUUAAUGAUAGCAUGUUUGUCAAAUGGCUAUGGAGAUUUAAUACGGAAGAUUCCAAACUAUGGAGAAGAGUCAUUGCAUCCAUACAUGCACAUGAUAGCUCGACUAAUGCAUUUCCGACUGCUCGCUUUUCAAGGAUUUGGUACAAUAUAUGUCAGAUUCCCAAAAUAAUCUUGAAUUCCAAGAUGGUAAUACACAAUGGCGGAUGCCACUGUAAAAAUGUAAGAUGGCGGGUUGAUGCACCAGCCAGUAUUGUAGCCUGGCAGUGCAAUUGCUCGGACUGUGCCAUGAGAGGAAACACUCAUUUUAUUGUUCCAUCUGAAAGAUUUGAGAUAUUGGGAGAUUCUGAGAAGUUUCUCACCACCUACACUUUUGGGACCCAUACUGCAAAACAUACGUUCUGUAAGGUUUGUGGUAUAACGUCUUUUUAUACACCUAAGUCGAACCCAGACGGAAUAGCGAUUACAUACAAGUGUGUUGAUCCUGGAUCAAUAACCCAUGUAGAGAUAAAGCAUUUUGAUGGAUUGAAUUGGGAGAUAUCACACAAGUCAACUGGCAUUGCCUCGUGUUCGAAGGUGUAGGAUUGAAAAUAAUCAUUGUUGUUUGCAAUGUUGGGCAUAUAAGUUCAUGUUAAGUGUCAAAUGAUGUAGACUACUAGACAAGUAUAUUGUUGUUUUCAAAGUACAAUUGUUUGUUAACACGAUGGGCUAGGUUUAGCCAUUACAUUUUAAUCUUAUGUCUGACUUAUGUUUUAUAAAGCAAAUAAGUCCUAUUAUUCUAUA